AAGUGGCAAUGGUUUGUAAACCCUCACUUCUGAUCUUCUUGGUUCAGGAAAAAUAUGGGAGAGAGCAUGAGAGUUCCCAUGGUUCAAGAAGUGGCUGCAAGGGGUGAAGAGAUCCCCCAACGCUAUCAUUGUAAGGAAGACAAGCCUUCCACCUUCUGUCAAGCACAAAAUGUUCCCACAAUUGACAUGGAUCUCCUCCUCGCAUCCUCACCAAUGCCACCCAUGUAUUGGGAAGAAGCAAGAAAUCAAGAGAAGGAAAAGCUCAAAGAUGCCCUACAAAAUUGGGGCUUCUUUCAGGCAGUAGGGCAUGGGAUUUCGGAGGAUCUGAUGGAUGGCAUGAGAAGAGCAAUGAAGGAAUUUUUCGAAUUGCCGUUUCAAGAGAAGAUGAAAGUUGCACCAAGCAUUGAGUGUGACAAGAAGUCAUGGCUUGAUGGUUAUGCACAUGAUCCCUUAGAAUCUGAUGAGCAAAUACUUGACUGGUGUGAUCGCCUCUACCUUCAAACCUUUCCGAGAAAUAAAAUAAAGCUCGAAUUUUGGCCAGAAAAGCCAGCCACUUUCCGGGAAGUCUUGGAUGAAUUGUCAUUGAAAAUGAAAGAGUUUGCGGACAAGACACUUACUCUAUUGGGAGAGAUGGCAGGGUUAAAAGACAAGUAUUUCAAUGAUCACUUUGAUGAUGAUGCAACAUUAUAUGCACGCUUCAAUUACUAUCCUCCAUGCUCAAAACCAGGCCAAACCCUAGGACAGAGGUCCCACUCAGACAAUAGUGGGAUCACAGUCCUCAUUCAAGACCCCCAUGUCCAAGGCAUCCAGGUCCUCAGAGAUGGGACAUGGCAUCAGAUAAAAACCCUUCCUUAUGCUCUCCUCAUUAACAUUGGAGAUCAGCUUGAGGUGAUGAGCAACGGGAUUAUUAGGAGUGCGGUGCAUCGGGUCAUUGUAAAUAAGGAGAAGCCCAGGAUGACAAUGGCUAUGUUCUAUUCCAUGGCACCCAACAAAGAAUUGGGUCCUGCUGAGGAAUUGGCAGGCAAGAAAGAAAGCCCAGCAGUUUACCAGAAGAUACUAAUCAACGACUAUUUUAAUGUGUUUUUGGAUUGUUGGACCAAAAAGAAAAGGGCUAUAGACACUCUCAAGAUCUAGUAAUCCUCUGCUAAGUUUGAUAUGAUAUUAGACAUCACUGUAUCAAAGUGCAUCUGUGCAUCAGAUAAAACAGUAUUUGGUGGAUUACUUGGACACAUCUACAUUUGCUAAAUGUGAACAUCUAUGUUACUCAAUGCCAAAUUUCUCAGUUGAACUCUUUUUAAGU